AUGGCGGGGAAGAAGAAGAAAGCCGCCGCGAAGGACGCGCCCGCGGGUGAUGACGAGAAGAAAGCUCCCGCGAUGCCGCCGCCGCCGCCGGAGGAUACCACCGCGGCGUCGUUCGUCGCCCUCGCGGAUACAGGCGUCUCCGUGCCGUUCCCGCGUUCGCGUUCGCUUUCGCUCGAUUCGUCCGUCGCGCCGUGCCGUAUUCGUCGCGCCGACGCCCCCGACGCUCACCUCUCCUCUUCUCGCCCUCCGACCAUUCGCGCGCAGUUCACGACGACGCAGUACCUCCGCGAACAGCUCGCCGACGCGUCCGAGAGGCUCGAUCUCGCGACGAAGGAGGCGACCCGGCGAGAGGAGGCGCACGCCGCGGAGCGCGCCGCCGCCGCCGAGAAGACGGAGGCGGACGCGCGCGCCGCGGAGGCCGACGCGAAGACCGCCGCGGACGCGCUGCGGGCGACGAUCGAGGAGAUGAAGCGCGAGCUCGAUGAGGUAAAAGAGUUCCGAGGCGGGAAACAGGCGAUGAUUGACGAGAUCGCGGGCGCUAAGGCGGACCUGGCGCGCGCGAGGGAAGAGGCGGCGAGAGCCGCGAACGAGACGCGACUCGCCAACGCGCUGGAGAAGAGCGAGCUCGCGAAGGAGUACGAGCACAAGUUCGACGAGCUCAAGCGACAGACCUCGGAGGACCUCGAGACGCGGUUGGACGACAACAGCAAGAGGAUUCUGGCGCAGAACCGCAAGCUCGCGGACGAGCUGCGGCUGCACAUGCGCGCGAGCGCCGAGCUCGAGAGGGAGAAGAAGGUGCUGUUCAACGAGAACAGGAAGCUGAGGCGAGAGGUGGAGCUCCGGCGGGAGAUGGAGGAGGUGUACGCGAAGCGGUUUGUCUCGCAGAAGAAGGAGCACGACGUCGCGAAGGAUAGGGUGAAAGCGUUAGAGCACGCGGUGAAGCGAGUGACGAGCGACUUUGACGACGAGCGCGAGAGGAUCGCGACGGAGGCGUGGGGCGACCGAAGCGCCGCGGCGGAGGACGCGAACGAGCUGAGACGUCUGCUGCACUUUAAGAGUAAGGAGCUGAGCGUGAUCAAGAAGCUCGCGAAAGAGGCGGUGAAACAGCGCGGGGACAUGGAGCGGUUCAUGAUCGACUCGUUGGAGAUUGUGAAGAAGGAGAUCGCGAGCGAGCGAACGCGCGGCGGCGGCGGCGGCGGCGGCGGCGGGGCGCGUGCGACGUCGACGUCCACGUCGACGUCGUCCACCGCGGCGUUAUCCGACGGGAGCGUGGACAUCAAGGACAUGUCGUGGGCCGAUCGCGAACGGGUGUUGCGAACGUUAUUCGCGAAGAUGACCGCCGCGCCGAGGCGGUCCCACGGCGGCGGCGGCGGCGGCGAGAAGAAACCGCCGCUCGACGUCGGGGAGGAAGCGCUGGACGGCUUGCGGUCGGACCCGUCGCAGCCGUCGAUCGCGUGAGCGAUUUCGUUUCGAUUCGUUUCGUUCGCGUGAUAGUUUCCCGUGUCCGUAUGUACACGAAUAGCCCUAAUAGCCCUGGGUUGAUGUGACCGAUUUUCCGCCUGUCUCCCCU